UUAUUGACAAAACACUCAAUGACAAAGGUAUCCGUCAUUAAGGGCUGCUCUCAUCACUCAUCAAACAGUUUUUCAAAAUGAAUUUGAGGUGCCCAGAAUUACCCCUACUGCCAGGAUGGACCUUCAAUCCGAACAUUGGGAGAACAAAAUUCAACAUGGAUCAAAAGUUCGAUUUCAUAGGGCCCCCGAGAGACGGAAAUAGAGCCUUGAAAGAAAAGGUGAAACCCAAUAUGUUUGGUCCUUUGACAGAUAAAUAUCCAUCGGUAUACGCAAGGGGUGAAGUUUUGGACCUACCCCCGUGGCUGGUUUUUGACAAGCAGGUACUCCGUUUUGAUGGAUACUUCAAAGAAACACUCCAAGAAGUACGAGGAUCACCAUUUCAAAUUCGUAAGGUCAUCAUAUACUUCUACUUGGAGGAUGGAACAAUACAAGUUGUGGAGCCUAAAGUAGAAAAUAGUGGAGUGUUCCAAGGCUGUUUCAUAAGCAGGCAGAGAAUAAGAUUUCCUCCACCAAUGGAUGAAAACUUCUAUGAUAUUAUUGAUCUCAAUAUUGGAAAAGAAGUAGAAUUUUAUGGCAGAUGUUUCAAACUGAUAGAUUGUGAUAAAUUCACGAGAACUUUUCUGAACAGAUGUGGAAUCUGUGUACCUGAUCCUAUUUCCCUUCCUACUGAUCCUUAUUUGAGUAUGAGACAAAAAGAAAAAGAGGCGAUCAUGUCGAAGAAACCCAAGAGAACCAAGGAUACAAGGGGCCAAUUUUUAGAAUAUGAUAAAAAGGUUCUGAGAUUUUUCGGAUACUGGGAUGAUCAAGAGACCGAGCAUGGUUACCUACACAAAUUAGAAAUACAUUAUUUUCUCUCGGAUGAUACAAUUGAGAUCAAGGAAAAGGUGGCAGAAAACUCCGGAAGAGAUUCUGGAUUCAUGUUUUUGAGGCGCGGAAAACUGCCAAAAGCUUGUAAAGCUUUGGCUGGACCUGGUGAUACAGCGCCAUACACCUUACUGAAUGUUUUAGGGGUGGGUGUACAGGGUGGCAGAUACAUAUUAGAUCCCCUAGAUAGAGGAUUAGAAGAAGACUAUUACAAGGAAAAUGACCUCGCAAUAAGCAGUAUUAUAAAUUGCUAUGGAAGAAAAAUAGUCUUGACAGAUUGGGAUCCGUUCACGAGGUCAUAUUAUAGCCUGAAAUAUGGCUUAGAUCAUCUUCCUCCAGGCGAGAUGCCGAGGGAUAAAUCUGAGCAAGUUAAAUCUGAGGGACUCAGGCAGAGACAGCUUCCUCCUUGGAAUGGAUACGGUUCGUUCGAAGAUUCCGCACAAAAUUGCAUAACGGUUGAGCCAAAGGCGCCUUUGAAGGACUUCAAGAAGUUCUUGAAAUAUGACAGGGUGGGAUUAGAUAGUCACAUCCUUCGGUUUUCUGCCAAAAUGCUUUCUAAAAAUCCGGAUAACUGCAGGAGAAAGUUUAUCAUCAGUUACUACUUGGCUGACGAUACUAUUGGCGUUUACGAAGUUUGCGACGGAGGAAGAACCAACUUUUUCGCUAGAGCUCCUGUUGUACUACCCGGUCAAGCAACAUUCACCAGUCUACCACCUUUGAAAUACACCCCGCAACAUAUGUUUGUUGGAGCUACCGUCGUUAUUAAUUCUUUCGUAUUUGUGCUUUGUGACGCCGAUGAAUAUUGCCUGAGAUAUAUGGAAAUAAACAGUCACGAGUACCCCAAAGCAAAUCUUAAACUGAUCAUGGAUAAAGUGCGAGAAAAACUGAAGCCUUUCUAUAAGGACUUUGUCGCAGAAAUGAUGCCAAAUGAGGCACCUGUGCUUCCUUAUGAAGCUUUACGAAACAAACUGUGCAAGGUGAUGGGGGAUGAUUUUACCGAACACGAAAUGAUAACAAUUGCCAGAGCUUUUUCAGCUGACUGUACUAAGGAGAGGUUCGAUCGACAAAAAAUAAGAGCAAUUACGUUGACGGAACUGAAGAGGUUCCUCUGGGAUGAUCUGGAAAGACUCAGGGAGUAUUUCCUGACGAGAGAUCCUGAGAGGAGUGGAAAAUUGAGCAGACAAGAGUGCUACACUGUCUUGAGGGCCUGUCGUCUACCCUUGGACAAGGCUCAUAUUGAAAAAGUACUGGACGUCAUAAAAAGAGAUGAGAGAUGCCUCUACUAUUACGACGACAUAUUGCAAUUUCUCGAUCGCAAAGUUUGUCCAAUGGCUGACACGGUUCCUAUAAAUAUAAAGUUCAAUUUCUGGUGGGCAUCCGAAAGAGAACCAGAAGCAGGCCGAUUGAUUGAUUGGUGUGCCUUCAACAAAUAUUUAGAUUUGGAGCAAACAUUCAAAGAAAUGCCUGGACAUGAGGAUACCUUGAAGGUCCUGGAAAGAAUUGAAGCUAACGAGGCUCAUAACGUUGGGAAGGAAACUAACGUGGUGUCAUCGCAUCCGACCGCUUAAGGAUUUUUUUUUUUAUUUUUAUACAAAAAUGGAUUAUUAUACAGUAUGAUGAUC